AUGUCACACAGCUCAUAUCUCAGUCUGCCCAUGCGACCAGCAUUGUGCCACACAGCAGCAGACGUGCGCAGUCCUGGUGGCAAGCUGCAGUGUAUGGGAAAGUUCCUGGCCACUACUGAACGAAAGGGGCAAAAAUACAGUUUUUGGAUAUUCGUAGUGAGUGGCGCGUGCACCAACAAUCUGCUCAGCCGUGCAGUAGCAUGCAAGAUGGGACUGGUGCUGAGAGUGGAUGAACUGGAGUGUGACAGUGUGUUUGGUGACAUUGGACGUUUAAAUUGCAAACCAGUGAAAAUUGAGCUGAGAGAGGAUGCUCAGCCCUACAGUGUCACAACCCCACGGCGUGUCCCCUUCCCACUGUUCACAAAGGUGGAGCAGGAGCUUGCUCGCAUGCAGUCCCUGGGCAUCAUCGAGGAGGUGAGAGAGGCCACGGACUGGUGCGCGCCGAUGGUUCCAGUGGUGAAGAAGAACGGCAAAGUCCGUAUCUGCGUGGACCUGAAGCGACUCAACGAGGCAGUACGGAGAGAGAGGUUCAUCUUGCCGACGCUGGAGGAUGUGGCGCCGACGUUGUCAGGGGCCGCCUUCUUCUCAACCCUUGACGCGUCCAGCGGCUUUUGGCAGCUACCCCUGGAUCCAGCCAGCCAGAGGCUGACGACCUUCAUUACUCCAAAAGGGAGAUUCUGUUUUAAAAGACUGCCCUUCGGAAUCACCUCUGCUCCUGAAAUAUUUCAGAGAGAAAUGAGCACUCUGCUACGUGAACACAAAGGCACAGUAGUGGUGAUGGACGAUAUAUUAGUGUCAGGAAAGACCAAAGCUGAGCACGACAGCAACCUGAAAGCUGUACUGCAGACAAUCAAGGCAUCGGGGCUAAAGCUCAACAAAGACAAGUGCCACUUCGCGCAGCCAGAGCUACGGUACUUCGGGCACGUCAUUGGAGCUGAUGGAAUAAAGCCUGACGGUGACAAGGUCAAAGCGAUAACCGACAUGCCAAGCCCCCAGAACGUCAGUGAACUCCGCCAGAUGCUGGGUAUGGUAAACUACCUGGCCAAGUUCUUGCCGCACCUGGCCACCGUGCUGCAUCCGGUCACCUCCCUGCUGAGGGGUGAUGUCCAGUGGGUGUGGGGUGCCGCCCAAGAACAGGCCCUCGAAGAGGUAAAGAGAAUGCUGGUCACAGCACCAGUGUUGGUCUACUAUGACCCUAGCAAGCGGAUAGUGGUGAGUGCAGACGCCAGUAGUUACGGCCUAGGAGCCACACUUCUCCAAGACCAGGGAGAUACGCUACGUCCAGUGGCAUUCUGCUCACGCACUUUGACAGAUACGGAGCGCCGAUACUCGCAGAUCGAAAAAGAGUGUCUGGCGGGUGUCUGGGCAUGCGAACGAUUCUCACGUUACCUAUACGGCAUGGAGAGCUUCUGUCUAGAGACCGACCAUAAACCGUUGGUACCCUUAAUCAACACCUACGACCUGGAUAAAGCACCGCUGAGAUGCCAGCGCUUACUAAUGCGGCUCAUGAGAUUUAAUGUGAAAGCAGUACAUGUGCCAGGCAAACAACUCAUAAUUGCAGACACACUGUCCCGAAACCCGCUGAAAGUCAGUGAAGCGUCAGAUACUGACGAGGACGUGAAAGCCUACGUGCAAGCGGUGAUGGCUACCAGACCGGUGUCGGAUGAGAGACUGGAGAAGAUCCGAGCGGCGACCCUUCAGGACGAGGAUCUCCAGAGAGUCACCCACUACAUCCUUCGCGGCUGGCCAACUUCAAUGUCGCAGCUACCACACACGCUCCAGGGCUACUACAAAGCGAGAGCUCACCUUGCUGAAGCUGACGGCUUGCUCCUGUACGACGACAGAAUCGUCAUCCCGGGGUCACAGCAGAAGGAGGUGCUGUCCAAGCUCCACGAGGGUCACUUCGGCUUGACCAAGAGCCGGGAGAGAGCCAAGAUGUCAGUGUGGUGGCCGAGCAUCGGACCGGAAAUUACAAGGUGCGUCACAAACUGUGAGUUUUGCAUCACAAACAAACCUACUCAGAACAGAGAGACUUUAAUGACUACACCAUUACCAAAUGGCCCAUGGCAGAAGAUAGCUGCUGAUCUGUUCGAGUUAGACGGGAAACAAUACAUAGUCGCAGUCGACUAUUACUCCCGCGACAUAGAGAUAGCCCACCUGCCUAGUAUAACUAGCAAGCAAGUGAUCAGCAGUCUCAAGAGCAUGUUUGUACGCUGGGGAAUUCCACUCGAGCUCUUCACGGAUAACGCCAUGCAGUUUCUGUCAACAGAGUUCAGUGAGUUCAAGAAUACUUACGACUUCCAGCACACAACAUCAAGCCCGCACUACCCGCAAGCGAAUGGUGCUGCAGAGCGAGCAGUGCAAACUGCCAAGCGGAUCUUGCGCCAACCAGACCCACACUUGGCGUGGAUGAAUUACAGGGCCACCCCAAUUCAGUCCACUGGACAGAGCCCUGCCCAGCUUGCAGUUGGUCGCCAGAUCAGAACGAGAGUCCCUACUCUCACAGCAAAUCUGCAGCCCCGCAAUGUCGAUCUGAAAAGACUGAAAGAAAAAGACAGACUGACAAAGCAGCGCUACAGAUUCUUCUACGACAGGAGACACUCUGCGCGUGACCUUCCAGCUCUACGGCCUGGUCAGCAGGUAAAGGUCAAGCUGGAUGGGGAAAAGAGAUGGACGACUCCUGGUGUUAUCGUCUCCAAUGCACCAGAGCCACGGUCAUAUGUGGUGAGAACUGAGCAAGGCACAGUCACACGUCGAAACCGGCGUCACCUGCAGCUCAUCCCAGAGCAGCCCAGCCUGGAGGGACAGACACCGCCAGAGGAACCUGCCCAACCAGCUGGUGUGACCGCGAGUGAGCCAGCUCAGCCCGCAUCAGCACCAAAGGCUCCAGACCCGGCAUCGCCAGAGGGAGUGCCGGUCCAGUCGCCGUCUACUCCGGUUCCUGUGGUCAGGAGAUCAUCAGGGAGAACCAUAAAGACUCCUGUGAAGUUCAAGGACUUUGUCCGAUAA